GCACUGAAAGCAUGUUAAUUUCAUGCAUGAGAGAUCCCAAGAGAGAAACGAUUUUGCUUCACUAUAAAUACAUGGUCUAAAUGAUAAGCACAUACCAAAGAAAAACAAAGAGAGAAAGAGAGAAAAAAGGCAUAAAAGAAAAAGAAUGGCUAACAUGGCUGAGAAAUGGGAGGAACUUAGUGGCAAAAACAAUUGGGAUGGGCUAUUAGAACCAUUGGAUGUUGAUCUCCGUAGAUAUCUCAUUCAAUACGGAGAGUUGGCUCAUGUAACUUAUGACACCUUCAUUUCGGAUCCAAUAUCUAAGAAUGUAGGAGCUAGUAGAUACUCGAUGGAAAAUCUUCUUGCUAGGUGUGGGCUUGACCCGCUCAAGUAUAAAGUAACCAAAUACUUCUAUGCUACCUCAUCCAUUUUACUUCCUCGUGAUUUCCAUGUGAAAUCAUCGUCAUGCGAUUCAUGGUGGAAGAAAUCAAAUUUUAUGGGGUACAUUGCUGUGGCUACUGAUGAGGGGAAAGUUUCACUAGGAAGGAGGGAUAUUGUAAUUGCUUGGCGAGGAACAAUUCAGACACUGGAGUGGUGGGAAGAUUGUAAAUUUUUACUUAUUCCAGGAAUAGAAGUAUUUUUGGGUGCAUCAGCACUUCAUUCGACACCUUUGUUGCAUCAUGGCUUCUACAGCAUGUAUACAUCAAAAGAUUCACAAUCAAAGUUUAAUAAAACUAGUGCCAGACACCAGGUCAUUGAAGAAGUGAAAAGAUUGGUUGAGGAAUAUAAGGACGAAGAGGUAAGCAUAACAGUGACUGGCCACAGCCUCGGUGCAUCACUUGCAACCUUAAAUGCAGCUGACAUAGCUUACAAUGAAAUCAACAAGUCAAGCACUGGCAAGGAGUUCCCAGUGACAGCUUUUGUAUUCGCAAGUCCUAAAGUUGGGGAUUAUCUUUUUCAAAAUGCAGUUUCUCAACUGAAACACCUCCACAUCUUGAGAAUUCGUAACGAACCUGAUAUUGUUCCGAAAUUACCAAAUCUAGAUGUCUAUUUCGAAGUUGGGAAGGAAAUAAUAAUUGACACCACAAAAUCCCCCUAUUUGAAGCUUAAUCCUGGAGACCUACACACACCACAUAAUUUGGAGGGUUACUUGCACGGAAUUGAUGGUACCCAAGGAUCAGGAGAUUUUAAACUAGAGGUGCAUCGCGAUCUCGCACUUGUCAACAGGGUAUGGGACAUUCUAAAAGAUGAAUAUCAUGUCCCUGGGGCUUGGUGGAUCGAGAAGAACAAAGGAAUGGUUCAACAAAAAGAUGGAACUUGGCUUCUCAUGGAUCGCGAGGAUUAUGACUUUUGAGAGAGAGCUAUGGUUUUAUUUAUUUCUUUUCAUGUAAUGUGUGAAUAAAGGGGCUCUUUCGUGUAAGGUUACCCUAAUAAUACGGGAUAAGGAAUAUCCGUACGCCUAAAGCUCGAAAUGAGGUUGUCCGAUCCUUUCUGGUUCCUGAGGUGGUCAACCUUAUAGUCAAUUUAUUUGCUAAACUUGUCAACUAAUUUUAAUUUAUGUGUCAAUUUCUGUUUUGUUUUUGUUAUUAUUUUGAGAGAUAUGUAAUGGAUCUUACGGCUUGUUGGGAUGGUUGUCGUAUCGCAUUGUUAUUUUAAUAUAAUAUUUAUUUUGAUUAUUA